AUGGUUGAACCUAUAUAUGCCAUCUUUGAGGAGAGAGAGGAGCUCAUGGUGUCACCAACUGGUGGCAAUCCAACUCUGAGAAUAGCACAUUUUCUUAAACCCUCUGUGUCUUCCAUUGAUGAACUUCCUUCACCUUUUCUCUCUGCGGAACCCACCAUUUCUGAGCUUGAAAAUUUGCCUCUGAAGGUUCAUUUCAAAAGUUGGCGUCGUAUGGAUGAGAAUUGGAAAAUGUGGGUUGCAAGCUUGCAUUCUAAGUACCAAUCCAUAUGGAAGAAAAGUGGAAUAUAUGAAGCAAUAAUGUGCUCCAAAUAUUCAAUAUGUAGACACCAAGAUUUGAUUCUUGGUCUUGCUGAAAAAUGGUGUCCUAAGACCAACACAUUCAUCUUCUCUUGGGGAGAAGCCACUGUUACCUUGGAAGAUAUGAUGGCUUUAGGGGGCUACUCUGUUUUGGGUGACUCUGUCUUAAGCCCUCUUGUUACCAAAGAAAUGGAAGAAAUUCAUGAGAUUUUGCUUGAAGCAAACAGAAGAGUAAGUCUUAGCUUCACGGCCAGUCAGCAUAAAUGGUUGGAACAUUUCAUGGGGAGUGGUAGCAAACUUGAGCAUGAGGCAUUCCUCUCAUAUUGGUUGUCUAAGUUUGUCUUCCCAUUGUGUGAGUAUCGCAUUGAAAGGCAAAAUUUUCCAAUUGCAAUACUCUUGGCUAGAGGAACUCGAAUUGCACUUGCACCAGCAGUCCUCUCCAGUAUUUAUAGUGAUUUGGGUUUGCUGAAAGAGAAAUUAGUUGCCUCAACAAAAUUGGAUACUGAAGAGGUGCUUAAUCUUUCUGCACCUUUUCAAUUAGUCCAGCUCUGGGCUUGGGAGAGAUUCCCAGCACUACGGCCAAGUCCCAUAUCCAUCUCACAAUGUGAGCCAAGGCCUGCUCGCUGGUCCAAACUGAAAAAAGUGAGUAUUGAGAAUGUGAGAUUGGCUAUAGACACUGCUGGAGAAAGUUUUCAGUGGCGCCCUUAUGCUAUAGCAGCAAAUCAUAAUUGGUUGUAUCCUAAGUUCUAUGAAGAAAAAGAACAGUGGGUGUCAGUUGAUGCUGCUUUGGACAAAGAGUUGGAGUCGUUUGCUCUAUGCUUAAGAGUCUGUGAGCUUCUUGGACUACACUGCAUUCAACAGUACCUCCCACACCGAGUUGCAAUGCAAUUUGGAAUUGAUCAAGAUCUUCCAGGUCAUGUUGCUCGAUACAAUAUGAGCCCGGGUAUUGCUUGGAGCCAUUACAAUAGAUCAAUUGGUGAUUCAAAAUUGUACAGACCACCACGCCUUUUUGAGGCAGAUGUUACCAUGAGAUACUUUGAGUGGUGGAAGCAAUCAAUGUCUGCUCAGAAAGAUGCAAUUAAGAAUUUCGUUACCCGGCCUAGAGACUCAAGAAGAAUUCCCCGAGUUUAUUCUGGAAAGAUGGAAAAUUACAAUGUCUUUGUUCCACCUAGUUCUUUUGUAGAAUGUUUUAAAAUGGACACUGUCAAGGAAACUAAACUCCUGGGAAAUUUGAGUGAGAAAAGACUGGCUAUUGAUGUUAAGCCUUUGCCAGUCUCUGUAUCUCAAAAAAUGUCACACUCAACAGCUGAUGAUGGAGCUCCUAAAAAGGACUUGCUGAUGAUACUAGAGGCAAAGGACAUCCAGAGUGAAGGUUUCAUGGGUGAAGCGGAGAAAAUUCUGACAGAUGUAACUGUGAGAAAAGUGGAACAUCCAACAAACAUUGUGGUGCAUGUCAAAGAAAAUGAUGGGAAAAGCAGUAGCUAUUGCAAAACUGAGAUGCCGGGAUUGGAGCUUGAGGCUCGGAUAAGCAGGCUUGAGAGAGCAGUUGCUGAGCUAAAAGCAGCAAGAGCUAAUAACUAG